AGACUACCGGGGUCGAACGAUUGCUCUCGUAAAAACAUUUUGUAGGGACCCUUGUAGCAAGCUUGGACCGACGGAGAGGGUAGGUCCGACAGACCCAGUAAUAGAGAAGUCAACGGUGCAAAGUUCGGAUCUCUGACCUCCGGAAGUUGAAAGAUCUGGCUGUAAAAGAUCGCUGCUCGCAUAAAUCGGAAGUUCAGAGUAUAAAGAGGAGAACCUUUGAAAAGCCAUCAUGAAUUUCUUGCUAAAGGCAGCUAUGGGAGGAGGUCCCCCCGACGUUGGUAAAAUGAUGGGGGGAGAUGAGGACAAAGACCCUGAAGCAGAAAAAGAGAAAGAAGAGCAGAGGCAGGAAGCUCUGCGACAGGAGGAGGAUGAGAGGAAGGCCAAACACGCCAAGAUGGAGGCAGAGCGGGAAAACAUAAGACAGGGCAUCAGAGAUAAGUACGGCAUUAAGAAGCGAGAGGAGGCAGAAGCCGAGGCACAGGCGGCUAUGGAGCAAGCCAGCGAAGGCAGUCUGACUCGUCCAAAGAAGGCAGUACCGUCCGGCUGUGGCGACGAGGACGAGGAAGAAAACAUUAUGGAUACGGUGAUGAAGUAUCUACCCGGCCCACUGCAGGACAUGCUGAGGAAGUAAUACUCCGAUCUUGAGCACAUGUCGCUAGAUAUUAUUUUAGUGUGCACCGACCGAGAGAAAGGGAGCAAAUUACGGUACACCUGACUAAUCCAUUCACCUUUCACACAUUUUGAUUCGUGGAGAGCUUUAGAUAUUAGUGACAGAUUAAUCAAGUGAGAGGGGUUAAAUAGCAGAAUAUAAGCCAUAUUUUAUCUUUACUGGGAAACCUGAAUUACAUCAUCUGCAGUUUCAAUACUUAAACAGCAAUAUAUAUGCAUGAAUUGUGUCUGUCGUGUGUCUAUUCCACUGUUUUGUAUCAUUGGUCGAUACGGUUUUCCACGUUCAUUUUGCAUUCGAUAUGAAGAAAAAAUGCACUGUUAACUUUGUUGAACACAUUGCACGUCUCCAUAGUGUUUAUGUCCUCAUCGUGUUUCGUCGUUGGAAAGAUUGCAAUCAUUUAAAAGAAGGCAAUAACAUUUUCCCAUGCUGUAAGCUAACUGACAGCUACCUUUGUACAUUUCUUAGUUGAUUCUGGCUACUCUUGUCACGUUUCAUGCACUAUACUAGCGUCAGCCUGGAACAUUUAAUGCCUCAAUUCAGUUUAACAGUGUCGCUGAGAGAGACGCAUUCUCACGCCUCUGUUUUUGUGCUUUAAAACCGAUUCUGAACUUAUCGGAAGUAUAAAGAGGGAACGUGCAAUUUUCAAUUUGAAGAUCAAACUCAGUUUCACAGGGACGGAGGCGCUUGGCGCGUUUGACGGGACUGUCAUUUCUUUGGUCUAGACUCAUGGGGAAUUGUGAGUGAUCCAGAACAUUCAGCAAUAAUAACAUAUUCUGUUUGCUUGGCUUGCAGUAAAACCAGAAAUAAAAAAAUUAGCGUAUGAAUGGAUGGGAUGGUUUAAGAAGGGAUGAAAUGUGAUCUGUCUCAAGAGCUGAUGAGUAUGGCACUGUAAUAAACCAAUCUCACAUAUCUAA